GUCUGCAACAAUUUUCCUGCUCUCAUUGAUUAUUUCCCAGGGAGUCAUAAAACAUUUCUCAAGAAUUCUUCUGAUGUAAAACAGCAUUUUUUGAAGAAAAUAAAGGAACACCAAGAAUCCCUAGAUAUGAACAAUCCUCGGGACUUCAUCGACUACUUCCUGAUUAAAAUGGAAGAGGAAAAGGGCAAUUCACAGACUGAGUUUACCACUGAAGCCUUAAUAAACACUGUGAAAGAUCUUUUUGGAGCUGGGACAGAGACCAUAACCUCCACUCUGAGAUAUGGACUCCUGCUCCUGAUGAAGCACCCAGAGGUCACAGCUAAAGUACAAGAAGAGAUUGACCAUGUGAUUGGCAGACACCGCAGCCCCUGCAUGCAGGACAAGAGCAGUAUGCCCUACACAGAAGCUGUCCUGCAUGAAAUCCAGAGAUACAUUGACCUCAUUCCAACCAAUCUUCCCCAUGCAGUGACCUGUGACAUUAAAUUCAGGAACUACUUCAUUCCCAAGGGCACAACCAUAAUAACAUCAUUGACAUCUGUGCUGCAUGACAGUAAAGAAUUCCCCAACCCAAAGAAGUUUGACCCUGGCCAUUUCCUGGAUGAGAGUGGCAAAUUCAAGAAGAGUGACUACUUCAUGCCUUUCUCAACAG